CUGGAGGGAAAAAAAGAAAGGGGAGGUGGGGGGGUGCAGGGACUCUCAGCUGACUGGUUCAUUUGCGCCGCAUAUCUUCCAUUAGGCUGGCAGGCCCAACGGGAGCGCAGGAGGGCGGGAGAAGGCCGUGAGGCUGUGAGAGGAGGGGGCCACAUGGACAGCCUGAGGGGCUGUAGGGAGCCUGCAGUGAGCAGCAGCGUCAGGCUGGGAAGAUGGUGGUGCUGAUGCACCGGGAGAACCGCGGCGGAUUCCCACGCAGACAGACAGACAGAGCGCGCACCGGAUUUCCACACUGAUGCUUGAGCGCACGGGACCCCCAUUCAAACCCCACAUCGAACGCGGGAUGCGACGCGUACUCGGCGCGCCCAGUCAGAAGACGAGCCUCGGAGAGAGCCUGCGCAGAACCCGCCGGCCGCGCUGCUGAAGCCGCGCGCCACAAAAGAAGACGCAGGGAAGAUGUUGGCGAGAUGCUACCGGGCCAAGCUGUCGGUGUGGGCCGCGCUGUGCGUGCUGGUCCUCUGCUGGUUCUACGUUUUCCCCGGAUACAGACUCCCCCGUGACAAAGACAUCGUGGCGGAGGUGCUGAGGCAGGGGGACGUGUGGCACAAGAACCAGACGGGCAUCGAUUUGUACAGGAAUUUGCUGACUAAAUGCUGCGACCCUAAGAGGAUGUUUGCGGUGACAAAAGAGAACUCUCCGAUAGGCAAAGUCCUGUGGUACGACGGCGAAAUUUACCACUCGCACACCGUCAACAGUGAGACAUACCCGCUUUUUGUAAAGGAAAACCCUCUGCCGCUACCUCUGCGUAAGUGUGCAGUGGUGGGCAACGGUGGCAUCCUCAGAAACAGCAAGUGUGGGAAGGACAUUGAUCAAGCCGACUUUAUUAUGAGGUGUAACCUUCCCCCGCUCUCUGGGGAAUAUGUGGAGGAUGUGGGAACCAUGACACAUCUGGUCACCGCCAACCCCAGCAUCAUAGAAAAAAGAUUUCACAACCUUGUGUGGUCCAGAAAAACGUUUGUGAACAGCAUGAAGGUCUAUGGCUCCAGCUACAUCUACAUGCCAGCGUUCUCCAUGGCACCCGGCACCGACCCAUCGCUGCGGGCCUACUAUUCACUGACGGAUGUGUCAUCCAACCUCACCAUGCUCUUCGCCAACCCCGACUUCCUUCUCUCCGUUAGCAAAUUCUGGAAAGCCCACGGUGUCCACGCCAGGCGCCUCUCCACGGGGCUCUUCCUCGUCAGUUUAGCCCUGGGCCUUUGUGAUGAAGUGACGACCUACGGCUUCUGGCCGUUUUCAGUCGACCUGGACGAGCAGCCCAUCAGCCACCACUACUACGACAACAUCCUCCCCUAUAAAUGGUUCCACGCCAUGCCCGAGGAGUUUGUGCAGCUUUGGCACCUGCACAAAAGUGGCGUCCUACGUAUGAAGGUGGGGCAUUGUUCCCCUCAAAACUGAACAAGUUAGGGGAGCGAAGAGGAUCCAGUUCUGCCGACGCAGAUCAGGGGUUCUGAAUUUGAGAGACACCUACCAGUACUAAAUAAGGGAGUACAUCCUUUUUUCUCUGAGGAUUUUCAGAUCUGCAUCUUUCCUGCUGCCCUUCAAACAGUAAAAAAGAAUGCCCUGUAACAGCAACACAUGCAAGCAUACACUCACUACCAGAAGUAUUCAUACAUUCCCUAAACUUGAAAUGUGUGUGCGCUCCAACAGAAAAACUGUGAAAAGAUGAGAGGUGGAUUUUUUUUUCAUCAAUUAAGACUAAAUGUGACUUAUGUAUUUCAGACGCCAAUAAGGAACUCCAAAGUCACUGUCAUAAAAAUCUGUGAUUAUUCAAAUAAUUCAUAGGAAAAUGGGACGAAGAUUAAAAGAAAAAGUGCAUUAAAAAAAAAUUUAACAAAGGAAGUUCAUUUGAUUUGAGAAAAUUAUUGAUUUAAAAUCUAUAAAUUAGAAAAAAUGAGGCCAAUGUCCAUUUUGAAGACCAUUUUGUACAUAAUUUCUUGUACUGUCUAAAACACUACGACGAAGUAUAAGGGCCACGCUAAAAAUAUAAAAGGAUCAUUUAACAAGAAUAAAGUUGUAAAACGAUGAAAAAAAAGUUAAAAUUUUACAAGGAUAAUUUAAUAAAUUAUGACAAAAAACAUUUAAUAUCGUAGGAAUAAUCAUUAUAAAUUGUACGUGAACAAAAUAGUAAAUUUAUGAGAAAAAGUUGUAAUUUUACGAUAAUAAACACAUGAAAUUUUUCGAAAAAAGUCAUAAUUUAACAAGAAUAAAUUUGUGAAAUUAUGAAAAAAAUUGUAUGUUUACAAGACUAAAAUCCUAAAUUAUUGGGUAAAAACUCGUAAUUUUACGAUAAAAUCUUGACAUUUUUUGUAAAAUUAUACUUGAAAUUAUUAGAAAAAAAUCGUACCUUAAUGAGAAUAAAAUCGUAAAUGUAUGAGAAAAAAAAGUUGUAAUUUUACGAUAGUAAAUCUGUUAUCUUUUUUUAGAAAAAAAUGGUAAUUUAACAAGAAUCAAGCCAUUUAUGUUUUUUUGAGCAUAGGAGUCUGUUGACAAAAAAAUUCUUAGCAUUUCUUAAUUUGUGAAACCAAUGGAAAAUGAAGGACAAAGCGCUGUACGUCUCUCAUACAAUGUUUGAGUUCUGAAAUUGAAAAUCGUAUAAUAAAAUUUUGACUCAUAGUUCUACAAGUUAAUUCUCGUAAAACUACGACUUUUUUCUCACAAAAUGUACAACUUUUUUCUCGUAAUUUUACAACUUUAUUCUCGUAAAAUAAUUUUCUUUUCCUGCUGGCCCUAAAAAGAGCAUACGAAUACUCUGGAAUUAUUGCUUCCAAUUUUGACAUACAUUCCUUAAAAAUACAAAUGCACUUCUUUUUGCGACUGAACUGUCUUACCGUGUUCAUAGUAUUCUUUCCAUGCCUUUGAAGUGAGUACGACAGAGUCCAACGGGGCCUGUAAGGCGCUUUAGUUUCCCAGCUGGAUCUUUUACAACAGCUACUCGAGCAGUAGAGCUCAUAGUAAACAAAGGGCAGAGUGUGACUGCCAUAUGUCACUGUUAUCUAUCGACAGCAAAAGCCUUAUUUUUGAUGCAGUUAAGGUGAGGCUGAGAGGAAAUCAGAGAACGCUGGAAAAGCUGGCUGAAAUAUUAGCAGUCUAGUACCUCGUGCUUUCAAAGGGAAUGAAUAUAUCAGAAAAAAAUGAUUUUUCUCAGGCGUUUUUCAGGUGAGGAAUUGAUUGGCCAAAAAAAAAAAAAAAAACAGGUUGGGCUCGAGGCAGCAACUAUUCAAAACGAAGUCUUAAAGCUUGUAUUGCUGAGAAUGUCUCGCCAAGUUGCUUUUAGCCCUUUAUUGGAAAGGGAAAAUGAGCACUCUCUAGUGUGCACACUGUAUUUUUGUUUGCCAAUUUUUUUCCCCCGGAUUUCAAGUGAAUUCUGCUCCUGCUCUCUCCAGAGACUGCACUGCAAAUAUCAAGUUCUUCAAAUAUUUGAUGUUUAGAAGAAAACAUUUCACCAGACAAUACCUCAUCAUCAUCAUCAUGGCUCAAUGGAUGAACUUUUUCAGUUCAAAAACUGAAUCGAAACCACUUCUACAAAGAGCCUACUGGAGAACUGGUUAUUGCACUAUACUUGUUAACGUCUGGAUCACACCGGACGCGGAAGCGCUGGGAAGCGGUGUGCGGGCGGAGUGCGUGCGGUAUCCGCUUAACCUCCAGUUCACACCAGACGCGUAUUUUUCCGCGACGAUCGACGGGCACUUCUGCUCAGCUGUGGUUGUUUAGAGCUUUUUUUGACAUCAUUAGACACCCCCCCCCGCUCCAUAGUCUGCCAACUACAUUAAUCUGUGUGCGUCUCAGUGUCUGUGUCUUUUAUAUACAAAAACAUAAUCGCAUGUGUCAAUUGUGGUAUUUUAUUGUGAAAAACUGGUUUUAUUUUGAAAUUUGACCAGGUUUUCUGGUGUGUCUUGGAGUAACUUCCUGCCAGGAUUGAAGCGGAUAAUUCGUGACUUACGUGAUGCCGAAACAAUCGCUGCACUGCCGCGGAGGACUGCGGCACUUCGCGUCUGGUGUGAACUUCGCCAUAGGUUAGCAAGGGCGCGGAAUGUGGUCUCCUUUCUGUGUCCUCUAUUCCGUGUCUCCCGUUCUGCGUCCUCCGUUCUGCGUCCUCCGUUCUGUGUCCUCUGUUCCGUGUCCUUCGUUCUGUGUCCUCCAUUCCGCGGCCUCCAUUCUGCGCCCCUGUUAAGCAGCUUCUCUUCCGCACCCCUGUUACGCGGCCUCCGUUACGCGGCCUUCGUUCCCCGCCCCUUUUUCCUCGUCCUCCAUUCUGCGCUUGUUCCGCGGCCUCCGUACCGCGGCUCUGCUAAGCAGCCUCCGUCCCGCGCCUCUUUUCCGCCUCCUCCGUUCCGCUCCCCUUUUCCACAUCCUCUGUUCUGCGCUUGUUCCAUGUCCUCUGUUCCAUGUCCUUCGUUCCGCGGCCUCCAUUCCGCGGCCCUGUUAAGUAGCCCUUGUUCCGCGGCUCUGCUAAGCAGCCUCCGUCCCGCGCCUCUUUUCCGCCUUCUCCGUUCCGCGCCCCUUUUCCACAUCUUCUGUUCUGCGCUUGUUCCGCGUCCUCCGUCCCGCGCCUCUUUUUCGCCUUCUCCGUUCCGCGCCCCUUUUCCACAUCUUCUGUUCUGCGCUUGUUCCGCGUCCUCCGUUCCGCGUCCUCUGUUCCGCGCCGCUUCGCAGCGAUUCCGCGUUCGGUGUGAACCAGGCGUAAGUGCCAAGUCAAGGGAAGACUGCAGUCUUGAGACACAGAACUUACACUUCUUGAUCUCCACAUUCAACAGACGUGGAGACUGAAGGACAGAAUUCCAUGUUGUGUAAUGAAGUUUCAAUCAGUGAUGUCUGUGUUUUUGUCCGUUCAUUAGAAGCUGAAUUUCUUUUGAGUAAAUGGGAAUUUCUAAUCAAUUACUGAGCCUUUUAUUAUCAUUUCAAAAUACCUGCAAACAAAUACUAUCCGAUAGACUUUUUUUUUUUUACUGUGAAAUGUGUUCUAUGUUAUUAAAGAGUGACAAAUGUUUCUGUGCCAUAAUGCUGAAACUGAAACAUGGGCCAAUUCUGCACGGGAAAUCUUGACACAGUGGGUAAAUCAUAUGUUCUUAGGCUGCUGCUUUACGUCUUUAUCCUCUCUGUUAACUGAACUAGGUCCUGUGCCUUCUUCAUGUGUUUAGUGAGAAUUCUGCAUUAUUUAAAGUGGAGUUUAAUACCAUUACUGUGGCUUUGGUAGCUAAAGGAGCUGUUCUACUUUGAACGUAAAGCAAAAUAAAUGUGUUGACAGUU